UCCCGCUUUCUUCCGUCUCCGAGGAGCCAGGAUGCCUGAGGGAGGCUGUGGUACCGGAAACCUGCCACCUGGUUCCCGAGACGCGCGGGGUCGCCAGAAGUGCAAGCCUCGGCCUCUGCCACUCUCGUGCCUGCCCGGGCCGGCCCGGCCGUGGCGGGCGGCGGCUGACACGCGGGCCCAGCCACCUCCCGGACGGCCUCGGCGCUGGGACCUGUUCACAUUCCCCUGCACCCCAGGUCGGCCCGAGCGCCGGGCCGCAGGGACCUCCCCGCCGGCUCCCAGGGGGAGGCCCGGGGGCCGCCUGCGCCUCGCCGCACGCCGGCGCUAUGGAGACGGUCACGAGACGCCGGCGGCUCCGGCGCCCGCCAAUGAGAGCGCACGUCGCGGGGAGACGCGGGCGUCGCUCUUCCAAGAUGGCCGCGCGUCCGUCGCGAGCAGUCGGGCCGGGGGGAAGCCAGCGAAGCCGAGUAAAGCCGCCGCCCGGGAGAGGACUGAAGGAGCAGUUGCCGCUCUUGGCGGCGGCCAGGGCAGUUUUCGCUGCUGCUACGGCUGCUGCCAUGAGGCGAGGCUAGGGAGGACCUCACUUCCCCGGGGUGUAAUAAUGUUAACAGAGGCUAGUCUGUCCAUAUGGGGAUGGGGAAGCCUCGGCAUUGUCCUUUGCCUGAUAACCUUCGGACCCUUUGUAAUAUUUUAUUUGGCAUUUUAUAUCCUCUGCUUUGUGGGUGGGGGUUUAGUGGUUACUCUCUUGUUUGGAAAAACAAGCUCAGAGAAGCACCUAGAGCAGUGUGAACAUUCGUUUCUUCCUCCCACGUCGACUGGGGUUCCUAAGUGCUUAGAAGAAAUGAAACGGGAAGCCAGAACUAUUAAGAUUGAUAGAAGAUUGACGGGUGCCAAUAUAAUUGAUGAACCUCUCCAGCAAGUUAUCCAGUUUUCUUUGAGGGACUAUGUUCAGUAUUGGUAUUAUACACUAAGUGAUGAUGAAUCUUUUCUUCUUGAAAUUAGACAGACUCUUCAGAAUGCCAUCGUUCAGUUUGCUACUAGGUCAAAAGAAAUCGACUGGCAGCCUUAUUUUACCACACGCCUUGUGGAUGAUUUUGGCACACACCUUCGAGUAUUCAGAAAGGCUCAACAGAAAGUAACAGAGAAAGAUGAUCAAGUAAAAGGUACAGCAGAAGACCUUGUAGAAACCUUCUUUGAAGUUGAAGUGGAAAUGGAGAAGGAUGUUUGCCGUGACCUCGUGUGCACUUCUCCCAAGGAUGAAGAAGGAUUCCUAAGGGAUUUGUGUGAAGUCUUACUGUACUUGCUGCUACCUCCUGGAGACUUCCAGAACAAGAUCAUGCGAUACUUUGUCAGGGAAAUCCUUGCACGAGGAGUUCUUCUUCCAUUAAUAAAUCAACUCAGUGAUCCUGAUUAUAUUAAUCAGUAUGUCAUAUGGAUGAUCCGUGAUUCUAAUUGCAACUAUGAGGCCUUUAUGAACAUUAUUAAAUUGAGUGACAACAUUGGAGAGCUGGAAGCAGUCAGGGAUAAGGCAGCAGAAGAAUUACAGUAUCUUAGAUCGCUGGAUACAGCUGGUGAUGAUAUCAACACUAUCAAAAAUCAGAUAAAUAGCUUAUUAUUUGUAAAGAAAGUAUGUGAUUCAAGAAUACAGCGAUUGCAGUCAGGCAAAGAAAUAAAUACUGUGAAACUUGCAGCAAAUUUUGGGAAGCUUUGCACAGUCCCCUUGGACAGCAUUCUUGUAGAUAAUGUUGCACUACAAUUUUUUAUGGAUUACAUGCAGCAAACUGGAGGUCAGGCACAUCUUUUCUUCUGGAUGACAGUGGAGGGAUACCGGGUUACAGCCCAGCAACAGUUAGAGGUGUUAUUAAGUCGUCAAAGGGAUGGAAAACAUCAAACCAAGCAAACCAAAGGUCUUCUAAGAGCAGCAGCUGUUGGGAUUUAUGAACAGUAUUUAUCAGAAAAGGCAUCUCCAAGAGUUACUGUGGAUGACUAUUUAGUUGCAAAAUUAGCAGAUACUUUGAAUCAUGAAGAUCCAACCCCUGAAAUCUUUGAUGACAUUCAAAGAAAGGUGUAUGAAUUGAUGCUACGAGAUGAAAGAUUCUACCCUUCCUUCAGACAGAAUGCAUUAUAUGUACGCAUGCUAGCAGAACUGGACAUGUUGAAAGAUCCUAGUUUCCGAGGAUCCGAUGAUGGGGAUGGAGAAUCUUUUAAUGGGUCUCCUACAAGAAGCAUAAAUUUGUCUCUAGAUGACCUUUCCAGCGUGUCUUCGGAUGACUCGACCCAGCUGCACGCUUACAUUUCAGACACUGUCUAUGCUGACUGUGACCCAUAUGCUGUGGCAGGCGUUUGUAAUGAUCAUGGCAAGACCUAUGCCUUGUACGCUAUCACCGUGCAUCGGCGCAGUCUCAACAGUGAGGAGAUGUGGAAGACCUAUCGUCGCUACAGUGACUUCCAUGACUUCCACAUGAGGAUCACUGAGCAGUUUGAAAAUCUGUCAAGCAUAUUGAAGCUUCCUGGCAAAAAAACUUUUAAUAAUAUGGAUAGAGAUUUUUUAGAAAAGAGAAAAAAGGAUCUAAAUGCAUAUUUGCAGUUACUGUUAACCCCCGAGAUGAUGAAAGCAUCCCCAGCGUUGGCACACUGUGUGUGUGAUUUCCUGGAGAACAAAGCCUACAGCAAAGGGAAAGGGGACUUUGCUCGCAAGAUGGAUACUUUUGUAAAUCCUCUUCGCAAUUCUAUGAGGAACGUUUCAAAUGCUGUUAAAUCUCUUCCUGAUAGCCUGGCAGAAGGAAUGACUAAAAUGUCAGACAACAUGGGCAGAAUGUCAGAAAGAUUAGGUCAAGACAUAAAGCAAUCGUUUUUCAAGGUCCCUCCUUUAAUCCCAAAGGCUGAUUCUGAUCCUGAGCACUGUCGAGUCUCGGCUCAACUGGAUGACAAUGUGGAUGACAACAUUCCACUUAGGGUGAUGUUACUUCUCAUGGAUGAAGUAUUUGACUUAAAAGAGAGAAACCAGUGGUUGCGAAGGAAUAUCAAAAACCUGCUUCAACAGCUUAUCAGAGCCACAUAUGGUGAUACCAUUAAUAGGAAAAUAGUUGACCAUGUUGACUGGAUGACCUCACCUGAGCAAGUUGCUGACUCAGUAAAGCGUUUCAGAGAUGCGUUUUGGCCAAAUGGCAUCUUAGCAGAGGCUCUUCCAUGCAGAGAUAAAGCUAUUCGAAUGAGAACACGAGUAGCAGGAAAAACGAAAUUACUUGCAAUUAUGCCAGACGAACUGAAGCACAUUAUUGGGGCUGAGACGACACGGAAAGGCAUUCUUCGUGUUUUUGAAAUGUUCCAGCACCACCAGUUAAAUCGGAGAAUGGUUUAUGUCUUCUUGGAAGGCUUUUUAGAAACCUUAUUUCCACAGUACAAAUUCCGUGAACUUUUCAACAAACUACAUUCACGGUCUAAGCAGAUGCAGAAAUAUAAAGAAAAACUACAGACUACUCAAGCGCCUUCUUUACAGAAAAGGUGACACUUCAUUCAGUGAAGCUGGUGUUUGUUUUGUCCAGGACUAAUGGUAUGGACGGAUCUUCUGGGGCUUAACUCAUACAUGGUUGUGUCUGCACCAGUCUUAGUGUUUCAAGGUAGAUUAUUAAUACAUCCAUGAUACUGUGGUUCUUCUCAUCCUCAUCUAUAAUCUUGCCACUCCCGAGAGAGGUUUCUGUCCGAAAUGAUUUGGUGCGAGUUUUGCAACAUUGAUUGAGAGGAUCCUGCCCCCAUCUCAAGCAAGAAUGAUCUCUUCCAUUUCAAGCUGGUCAGCGUCCCCCAGCAGCGACAAAGUGCCAGAGUGUGUGUGCGAGCCGAGGAAAGCCCAACACGGAGGUUCACGGAUACAUUGUCUGCUUAGCAGUUGGAGACUGUGGUGUGUGAUGUGGAGGGAUUUGCUUUCCUAAGAAUUUCGUGGGUCUGUGUCAGCAUUUUGAUACAUGUUGAUUAGCCACGCACCGAUCUUCAGAAGUGUGACAGAGUGCCAUUAAGUGCGGAGUCAUCUGAUACCUGACUCACAGUUUUGUCACAUGAAAUAACAGAGUGUAAGAUAAAACCAGUCAAAAUAGAUUUUGAUUGACUUAUUUGUUGGAAUAAGAUUUCUGUUUUAAUUGACGGUUUUCUGCUUUAAGGGCUCUAUUUUGCUCUUAUGGUACUCUUUUUUAUAAUUUAUCUUUUGGCAUUCCGUGUACAAACAAGAAGCUUGGGGUGGCUGUCACUUCAGUUUAAAAUGACUAGCUUUAUCCUUAACAAAUUACUGAUUAUCCAGGAGAGGGUAAAAUUGUUGCAAGGACUGCCAAAUACAAUCCGUCCUUCUAAAAUAUGGAAAAGACAACAGUACUCUACUGAAAGUUAUAAUCUGAGCAUUUUAAACUGUGUGAUCCAGACAUGCCUUAGAUGACUGCAAAAAUAGCAAAUCAGAGGAUUAAUGAACUUAUUAGUCAUGUAAACAUAUAAAUUCUGAAUCCUAUUAUGGUGUACAUAUAUCAAAAUAAAUAAUGAAGACAGAACUCUAAUGUUUUUAGAAAUAUGCUCUUAUUUAUAUUUCGCAUAAUGUAAGAUUCUAUUAAAUAAAGCUAAUAGGUGAAACUCCUUGGUGUAUACAUUUAAGUCCCUAAAAUAGCUUUAUACCAUCAAAGCAAAAUAUUUUUUCCAGUUUCGAAGAUUCUGCACUUCCUGUAGUUUUCUCAUUCUCCAUUUUGUCCAUCUUGAAAGUCUUCAUAUCCCAUUUAUGCAGGAUUUCUGCACAAUUUUAAUGCUUCCAUUGAUUAGGGGUUUGAAUGUGCCACCUCUUUCUGUUUUAAAAACAUCGAACACUAAAAUCUUAAAAUAGUGAAGCUACUUUUCAGACCACUGAGCCAAGAUCCUGGUAUUCAAUGAACGUCUGGGUGCUUAAGGUAAAAAGGGACAGAGUAUUGGUAUCCCAGUUAUUUGGGAGCUUUAAGAUUGGAACAAGAUGUUUGUGUCUUGUUUUCACAUAGAUCCUACAUUCAAAGUGAAUCCUGUUAGCAGAAUUAAAGCCUUCCUUUAGAGCUUUAUGGUAGUCCUAUUUAUUGGCAGUGCUGGUGUGCAUUUGUGCUGUAUGCAUAUAUCUAGCAGGUGUUGCUGUCUGCAGAAUUACAGAAAUGAGAUCCCUUUCAGUGCAGCUUGUGGCUCUGGAGGAAGGAAAUAAUAUUUCUUCUCAGUGUGUCUUCCUGCUCCGGCCCCUCCUCAGGCUUCCGGUGCGGACAUGGGAGUCAUAUCAGUAGGAAGCCACAGCAUGGCCGUAAGUACGGUGAUUUCUGUAGAUGCCCCUGCCCAGUUCAGCAUGAAAAAGUUUCAGAGUAUUCCAGAAGUCUCAUAAGAACCUUGCGUGUCACAGGUGAGAAAACAUUUCUGUACCUCAUGAGGAACACUGCCGUCAAACCAGGGAAAGAAAGGUCGUGUGAGGUUACAUACAGAGUUUGCCCAAUGAAGUCCUGCAAGGUAACUGCAGUUAUACCAAAAAUAAUUUGAAUACAUGGAUUUUUUUUAAAAAAGAAAUUUUUGUCUAAAAGAGUGUAUAUUUCAAAAGCAGAAAUGGAUGUAGCCUGUCCAAAUGGCUUCCUGCUUAUGCACAUGCGUGGUCCCAUCUAAGACAGCCAUGGUUGUGCUAAAGUUAGAGAUGGUCCUGAGUGACUUGGUCAGGAAGUGUGUAAAAUAGUUACCCCAUGUGUCAGGUUACAGCAUACGACGUUUAAUAAACUUACUACAUUUAGUGCAUUAAUUGCAUACAUGAAUAUAAACAAGAGGCUUCUGGUAUUUGAUUUUUGAAUGUGAUUUUAAGUCAGUGGUGCCUUCAGGCAAGAACCUUCAAAAGUAAUCAUUCUUUGGGUUUUCGGACUCUCCAGGUAACAUAUAUAAACUAUUUAGAAACCAUCAUAGUUUAUUCAUCCCAAAAAUUGAUUGUAUGAUUUAAAUAUAGCACUUAAAUGAGCAUUUCCUACAAUCAGGAUGUUCAGAAUAGUUGCUGAAAACAAUUGUGCCAUUGACCGAUGGAUGCACUUAGUUAGCCUUAAUUUUUUUAAAGAAAACAGUGAAAACUUUCUUGAAUAUUUCAGUUCACUCAUUUUAUGUUUGUGCUGCUGGUGUUUGGGGGGGAAAAUCAGUAAAGUGCUACCAUAAAGUGUACCAAUUUUUUUUAAAAGAACAAUAUAAAUUUCACAAUCUGAAAUUUUAAUUUUGUGCAAUAUUUUCAUUUAGUGCAUGUGUAUUUUGAGUAAUUGUAAAAUAAAUGAAUUUUUAAUGUUUCGAGAUGUAGUUCAAACUGUCUUCUUAACCCAACAACUUACAUUCCGUUGUUGCUGCAUCCUUUUAUUUAGGACUUGUUUUAAAAGUCUUUUUUGUCACUCCUUGUAAAAUUCUUUUAUUAGUAGUAAAUUUUGCUUAUAGGAGCUUGGCUCCUGUACUACAAGGGAAAUAUAUAAAGAGCACAUUUUAGGAUUAUAAUUGUUAAAAGAUCACUUGUGCUUAUCAUUGUACAGUAAGUGUCAACUGUGUGCCUAAUUGUUCUAUCAAUACUUUCCUUCUUUAACAAAGAAGAAACAAUCAGAAUGUCGGUUAUUUUUAUUAAACUAAAAGAGAAGAUUAAAAUUUUAUUUGGUUUGCGUUAUGUUACGUCCAUUAGAAAAUACUAAUAAAGUAUUAACAAACAUUUUUGUUGA